AUGUACCGGAAACGAUGGACCGUGAAGGCGCUGCGAAUGGAUUUACGGUAUGGCGGCAAUGGGAGCGGCUGCUGCGCGCCGGCCCUGGCCAAGAUGAUCUGCAUUUUCUUCUUCUCGAUACUGUUGCACGAGGAGGUCGUUCACAGCACCCGUUUGAUCGAAGCGGACACGUUCCAAGAAUGGCCGACGCUGGACUCGAACCCUUACUUUGACACUGUGGUUCCGUCGAACGUGACAGGUCUCGUUGGGAAGACCAUUCAACUCGUCUGUAAAGUGAAAAAUUUGGGAAACAGAACCGUAUCAUGGGUAAGGCAUCGAGAUAUCCACUUGCUGACAGUGGGUCGUUACACUUACACGAGCGACCAGCGUUUCGAGGCUAUGCACACGCCGCACACGAAGGAGUGGACGCUGACGAUACGGUACCCUCAGAAGAAGGACUCCGGUAUUUACGAAUGCCAAAUAUCCACCACUCCACCUAUCGGAUACUCCGUGUACCUCACCGUGGUUGAACCGGUGACAGAGAUCGCAGGGGGUCCAGAUUUGUUCAUCAACAAGGACAGCACGAUAAACCUGACAUGUCUGGUGAAAUAUGCUCCGGAGCCACCGUCCACGAUCGUCUGGAGUCACAAUUACGAGGCGAUUAACUUCGACUCGCCAAGGGGCGGCAUCAGCCUGGUCACGGAGAAGGGGCCCGUGACUUCCAGUCGUUUGCUUAUUCAGAAAGCCAUCGAAAGGGACUCCGGAUUGUACACCUGCUCGCCCAACAACACGCACGCCAACAGUGUGCGGGUUCACAUCGUCAAUGAGCAUCCAGCAGCGAUGCAUCACGGCAGUGGCGACAGAGUGGCUGCGACCUUACUUACCCUCGUUCUACUUCUUUUCAUGAUCAUUUAGCCGGUGCUCGGUUUUUAUGCAGGGUUUUAACUGCCGUGCAAAUUGCGCGUCAUCGACCCAAAUCGAUCGAGUUUAUCUUCGUUCCGGGGACAAACGUCAACUUCCUAUAGCCCGUCUGAGCAUCGGUUUCACAUCGAUCAUAGGGAUAUAUUUUCAAAUAGAAUGCUACUUUAUAGAUAGCUUAUGAAAAUCCU